UUAUCAAAAUGUCCGUAAACGUAAAAGAAAAGUAAUCGUUAUUUUUUAAAGGUUAAAAUUUAAUAAUUUCUGUUCAAUAAAGAUUGGCAGUUACGUUUUACUCUCAUGGAUUUGGAAACUAGACGGAAGAGUUGCGAUAAGAGUUUUGACACAGAUGACGAUUCUGAUUAUGCUAUGAUAAAACGAAUUAAAAUGGAACCAGAAGCUAUUUUGUCUCAAGAAGAUGAUAUAAUGGCCCAAUUACAACAAGAAAGCUCUGAUUUAGAAGUAGAGCCGAGCUUUACAUUGGAGGGCUCUGCAAAUGGAGAGGAUUGCAAUGAAGGUGUUUUAAUGCAACAUAUGGACAUUAGAGAGCCCCUUUCCACCUUAAGAAAUUUAUUGGAACAAAGACUUGGAGUAGAAUUAACAGAUUAUUCCUUUUGGUUGCAAGAUGCACAAAUGCUAGAGAGUCACAAAAAUUUGGUUGAUCAAUGUGUACAAGGGGAAGGAUUGGUUCAAGUAAAUGUUCAGAUAAAGGCAACACAGAGGAGAAUAAACAUAGUGGAUGUUCUAAAGCCUGCAGAAGAUUAUAUAGAGCUAGCAGAAAACAAUGCUUCUACUCCAGUUAAUGAAGAUAGUAAACGAAACGUUAUAAGAUGGAUGGUUGAUCCACAAUAUAAGAAGGAGCAGGAACGGUUAAAAAUUCCAGCCGAUCCAAAAGAAUGGACACAGACACACGUCAAGCAUUGGCUUCAGUGGGCAGUUAGACAGUUCAAUUUGGCUUCAGUAAGAUUAGCUGAUUGGAACAUCACAGGUCAACAAUUGUGUAAUCUCACCCUAGAAGAAUUUCAGGCUAAAGUGCCUCUAGAUCCAGGAGAAGUAUUCUGGACUCAUUUAGAAUUGCUUCGAAAAUGUAAAUUUGUCGCUGUCGUUCAGAAGGAUCCCCCAGCGUCACCUACAGAAAACAACGUGGAUAAAACUAUCAAAGUCCGUAAUCAGAAGGCUGCGAAGCCUCGACCAGUGGUAAAUCAACAAGCACGAGUAGUCAGCGUUCCGUUAGAGAACAUUGAUGCUACACCUAUCACCAUAGCAACUUCGAGUCGUUCGGUUAAUAGCGGUCAAAUACAGUUAUGGCAAUUCUUGCUGGAGUUGUUAACAGAUCGUGAGCACAGAGGCGCCAUUCAAUGGGUUGGGACCGAGGGAGAGUUCAAGUUGAAUCAACCGGAAGCAGUGGCGCAACUUUGGGGAGCGCGUAAAAACAAACCAUCAAUGAAUUAUGAGAAAUUGAGUCGCGCAUUGCGUUAUUAUUACGACGGAGAUAUGAUUUCUAAGGUGCACGGGAAGCGAUUUGUGUAUAAGUUCGUAUGUGAUUUGAAACAAGUUCUAGGUUAUUCGGCAGCGGAAUUGAGUAGAUUGGUGGAAGAGGGUACAAGAUAUUUCUGAUGGCAUCUUAUUUUUUUAUGGUUACAACGAUUUUUAUCACCGUAUUUCCGGAAUGU